AUGGACUUCCCAGUCGAACUCUAUCGACCCGUCAUUGGCUAUAUCAGCCACCGUCCUACCCUCCUUUCUCUUCUACUUGCUUCUCAGCAUCUCAACGUGGAGGCCGAGAGGUCACUGUACUGCAAGUUCGAGCACGUACACAAUGCAAAAACCCAGGUCCUCUUCCUCAACAGAAUCAUAGACUGUCCUCGCGUCGCCCGUCUCGUUUAUUCCUACAGAUUCGAAAUUGACUGGCGAACAAAUUUCGGCGCUGACCAUGUAUACUGGGAACUCCUUCCAAAAGCUUUACGUGCAAUGGUGAACUUGAAAACCCUACAGUUCCGCACGAACGGAGGCACGCCUGUGAUCGGCCUUUUGGACGGGUGCACUUUCCAACUGGAGCAUUGCCAUUGGCAUUGUCAUUCAGACGAGUCACAAAUGCAAACUUUUCUUCAGACUCAAAAAAGCCUACGGAGUCUGAGUCUGGGCGGAUGGGACGACACACGGUUUCCCGCGCCGUUUGAUCAAAACGAGCAGCCUGAGUUUCGAGAAAUAGCUGGCUCUUAUGGGGUCAUUCAUGCUUUCCUUCCUGGCCGAGAUAUCACACAUCUACGCUGGGUACCGGACUUGGAUGAUCCAUGGGAUAUUAGCACUGGGCUAGAUGUUGUGGGACUAUCGCCGUCAUUUCAAAAGCUGAGAUUCCUCAAGCUUGGAGGAUAUUUUAUGCGACCACAUCUGUGUUCCAUUUCGGAGCAUUUAACGAGCCUGGUCUUCCUCGAGCUAAUGGGGUAUGAUAAGAUGGAAGACGCAUCCGUCUUUGCUUUGCCUUCAAUAAAGGUAUUGCGAAUUUCAAUACGAUGGGGUCUCAACAAAAUAGCUAUCGAAGAUCCUCAAGCACGCGCCGAGGAAAUUUUUGCGGGAUCCAAGUCUUUGCAGUAUAUAGAAAUUGAGGAAGAGUCGACGUACAGAGACCAUAACAAGAUUCAACAGUACAGUAGGUGGGGGCGAGAUGUGGGUAUGGUCAACCGCUACGCCACAGAUGAGAUAUGGCCAAGUAUCAUUAUAUGUUGA